AAAUAAUAUUUAUUUUCAUGUUAAACUAAAUACAGUACACAAAGAUAAAUUUAUGUCAUGACAUAAAACAAUAAAUAAGUAUAAUAUGUCUGUGCAAACAACGCAAGAUAUUUUUGAAAUAGUACCAUUGAUACAAAAUAUUAAUGUAAAAUUAUGUGCUCGAUGUGAAAAUGGGGUGAAGCAAAUAUUGGCAUUAAUUACAGGUGAUGGUGAUAUUGUCCUUCAUUAUACUUACGGUGAAUUGACCCCAGUAUUAAAGAGAGUUCCUUGGUUCACAGACAAUCAUAAACUUAUUCAAGCAAUUUGUUUUGAUCCAUCAGCAACUUGGCUAUUAGUAGUUUCAAUUGACUGCUCUCUAUACAUUAUUCCUGCAUUAAAUUUAGUUGAUAAACGACAAAAAAUUGACUGUAAAUGGUCACUAAAUGAUAUUACCCACUUUCCUAAACAUUUUCAAAUCCCAGAAGCUAAGCCUACUAGUGUUGUGUGGUGGCAAACAUUAGAUUGCAACCAAAAUGCUCUUGUUGGUUUUGAAAAUGGUACUAUAGUUUUGAUCAGUUUAACCGAUGGAAGAUGCCUAGGUAGUUGUAACAUUACAGAAUCUGUUACUCAACUUUGUUUGUGCCAGGAUAAUAGCUUAGAAACUGUUUCUUUGUUGAUAAAUGGAGUCAGCGGACAACAGUGGCGUCUCAUAUUAGAGCAUCAUUCUACAGGAUACGUUUGGCCACCAGAUGCAAAUACUCAAGUGGAUGAAUCUGGAAGAUCCAGACUUUAUAAUCUCAAACAGUUAGGUGUAGACAAAUUGGCAUCUUUAAAGCAAAGAUUGUCAGAAGCUAGAGGUGGACGCAGAGAUAGUCAAACAAGUGACACUGCUAGUGAAUCUUCUCAUUCUGAAUCCAAUCAUUCCACUCAGUCGGGACCAGAAUUGCUUCCCCAUUUAUGUGAUACUUUUUUUGCACCGCAAAAUGCCAGGAACAGAUAUUUAUUUUCUGCUUUUUACAGACCUACCAGUUUGUUAACAGUGCAUGCCGUGGAUGUAGAGUCUGCUCCGUUAUAUGUUCAUAAACUUCCCCAAAAAACUGCUGAAGUGUUGUUGACAGACAAACUAAUUUAUACCAUAAAUAGUGAAUAUAAUACUGUUUCAAUUAUCAGCUCUCAACUUUCUGAAUGUAGAUUAGAGGGUGAUGCAGAAUUUAACAAUGACUCUGUGGUGGCACAGUUUUAUAUGGAAAAGGAAACCAUCCAGCAGUUUUUCAAGUUAGUGGAUCUUUCAUCAGUUCGUUUACGAAAGAAUCGGGAGGAAAAUAAAAAAGACAAAUUGUAUGAAUUACCAAAGACUGUAGAUGACCUGAAUAUUCAGAAACCACGUAUAGAUACCUGUGUUAUUGUGACUGACAGUUCUAUUUACAAGGUAGCUUUAAGAUGUUCUCCAAUUAAAAGAUUCAUUGAGUAUAUUACUGAGGAAAAUGAUUUGGAUAAGGCUGAGAGAUUGUCUUAUAUAUUUGGGUUAAACAUACAACAGCUUUUAGAAGGAUGUGGAGAUCUCUUAAUAUCCAAGGGUUCAUACCACUCUGGCAUAAUAUUGUACAAACAAGCAAAAGUGCACUUACUCAAAAGGGUUCUAAAAUUAGCCGUUUCUGCAGAUUGUAAAACAUUGCUUAAAUUUGUUCACUUAUGUUUGAGUGCAAGCAAAGUUGACAUGUCUAUAGCAACGAAGAUUCAUAUAGGAAAUUUGGCAGUUAUGGCAUACACAGAGUUAAUUUUACGUUAUGGUGGUCAACAGAGAAUAACAAACACUCGGGAUUUUAUGAAUUUUCUCUGUUAUGAGGAAUAUUAUGACCAAAUACUUGCAGUAAAUGUUGCGUGUCAAGCAGGACAUUGGAAUGUUGUCACUUUACUGGCAAAAUCUAGAGGUCUUCAGCCAGAAGUUGUUUCAGCUCUAGGACAAAUUCUGCAAAGUGCCAGAGCGCCACGACCGACUGAUUUUGAUUUUCUCUAUGCUUUAUCUGAGCCUAAUCUGACACAAAGCUUACUCGUUCUAGGUCAAAGUUCACAAAUAAUAUUUCAAUAUAUACGCACAAAUAUAGAUACGUUUCCAUUGCAAAUUUUACAAAGGCUUGCAGCUCAACUGGAUCCCAGUCAACCCUGCGCAAUCCCGCUUGUCAACAGAUUAUUUCACACUAAUAAAUACUCAUCCAGUUUAGAUACAACAAUAGAGUCAGUUGAUUUCGAGAAUCCUGAUCGAGGCAUCAUUAUAGCAAAGGAUUUAAUUGAUACAUUCCUGUCGGUUGUUAUUUAUUUAACACACAAAUCUGAGAAGACUGGAUUCAAUUUGAGUUUACUAGACAAUGUCGGAUUACCUGACAAUCUUCAAACCGAGAUUCCAAUAAAAAAAUUGCCAGAUUUACAUCCCCUAAGUUGUGGAUUUGAACAUGCUGCUGUUGUACGUAAUAGUCAGGUGUAUACCAUGGGUGUUUCAAGCUCAGGUUGUUUAGGUUUAGGACCUUUAUUAACACAAAGCAGCCCUCCGAGAUUAGUAGUAACUUUGAGUGAACUGAAAGUUAAAGUUUUAAGCAUCAGCUGUGGUCGAAAGCAUACAUUAGCUUUAACAGAUUAUGGGGUUUAUUCUUGGGGCUCAAAUGCAUAUGGGCAGCUGGGAUUAGGUCACUUUGUACAGGAAAGUCCCUAUCCACAAAUUCUUUCUUCCAUAGCUUCAGUUAAGAUCAUAGAUGUAGCUGCUGGUCAAUAUCACAGUAUAGCUUUAACAUCUACAGGAAAAGUUUAUACUUGGGGAUGGGGGAUACAUGGCCAAUUGGGACAUGGAAACUGUGAUAACGAAUUUUAUCCCAAACUAAUAAAUUUUCCACAUCCAGUAAAACAGGUUUCCGCAGGACAUGCACAUAGUUUAAUACUUACUUGUGAGGGAAAGCUAUAUGGAUUUGGAUCAAAUGUGUUUGGGCAGUUAGAGAGUUGUCAAAUCGAUUCUAACAAGUCUGCUAGACCAGUUUGGGUACUUCUUAUGCCUGAUAUUUAUACUCCAAUUGAAAAGGUUGCCACAGCUUAUUUCCAUAAUAUUGCUAUUCGUGCAGAUCAAGAAGUAUAUACUUGGGGAGCAAGUCCUCAAGAAGUACGUAUAUUUCAGUCAAAAAAUAAUCAGAAACAGAAUGGCCUUUCCAUAAAAUCUCCUGAUUCAUGGAAAGCAAGUGUCCAUAUUUAUUCUGGGGUGCACAAGAAACCCAUUGAACAUGUUGCUGUAGGUUAUAGACAUUCUGCUAUUUUACACAACGGAAAAAUUUUAUGGGGAAAAAACAAAGACGAUGAACUUAGUCCCCCUAAAUUGAGAGAUCAGGACAACAUGAAUAAUAUGUUUAAUCAACGAUUCUUGCAUGUUUCUUGUGGUCUAGAUUACACAAUGGCCAUUGACCAUACAGGGAAGCUAUUAGCCUGGGGAAGUCCUUCUAUGGCACAGACUGUCCUAGGAAGACCUUUAGAAGAGGACAAUAGAAAACUGGAAGGAAAAGUUCUCGUGUUUAAAAAUACAAGAAGAGUCAUUAAAUUUCCAAAUGCACUUCAAGGAAAUUCUGAUAAUUUUCCGAUAGAAGUACCCGGGUUGCCAUCAAUGGCAAUUACUUUCAACCCAACUGACCAGAAACUCUUGUUCUCAAAAAACUACAUCCCAUAUUCUAUACGUGCACUUGAAAAUAAUCAAGUUUUGUUUGAAGAAACACACUUAACUAAAAGCACUCCAUUUUCUGAUCAUAUAUAUGACUGCCCUAAGUUAAAAUAUGGGCAAAAAACGUUGCAUUACAUUUUGCAAACGUAUUUUGGAUUUUAUGAUACAGACAAUAUUCUGUCAAGAUGCCUUGAAGUCCAUAAUUACCAGGCUGCUGCAAAAAUCGCUAUGCUUGAUGGCCAUUUUAGUGAUAGUCUAGGUUUUCAGUUAAUUGCUUUUAAGAAGCAUAUUGACACAUUAAAUUUAAACCUAAAUUCUGCUUGUGUCAAAAAAAGCUUUUCAGAAUUAAAAGAAAAGGAUGAAGGGUAUGUUGAACUUAUCGUCAGAAAUAUACAAGAUGAUUUAAAUGAAAAAAAUUUAAUACAUUCUAAUUCUGGAGAUAAAAUGUGCAACUCUCCAGCACACCUAUUAAGUUCUAGUUCUUCUCUUGAUAGUAUACGACAAUGGGGUGAUGAUAUAGAGCACCAAGGAGGCUGUGAAAGUCCAUGUGAAAUGUCAGAUAUGGGUGAUAUUCGUCAAAAUAUAACCCAGUAUGUGCAAUCUUUGAAAAAUAACGAAAACUCCCCACCUAUUUUAAGUGUUUCUAAAAUGAUAUCUGACAUUGAUAAUGAUGAAACAACAAAGAUAAAGGAUGAAAAUGUGCAUUUACAAAUCAAAGAUAAAUCUGCCAAAGAAGUAAUUGACGCAGCAUCAUCUGUGAUUGAGUUUUAUAUUAAGAAAAUUUACGUUUCUGAGAAUCAUAUUUUAAUGCAGAAUGUCUUAUUGAAAUGUAUUGAAUUUUGGUUAUCUAACAAUCUCCCAGUUCCUGUAUUAGAAAACGUAUUGCUUAAAAAUAUGGAUAAAUAUUUUUACCCACUUUCUAUUCUAUUAUUUUGUAAAAAUUUCGGAAAUAACCUUGACGAUGAAUUAAUUAAGGAUGAUUCCAACAUGAAACCCACUUCUUCUGGUUUUCUAAAGGAAUUUUCAACCAAGUUUUGCCUUCAGCUUUGUUCCAUGGUAUUGGAAAAUGUUAACAAAUCAUAACAUUAUUUUUGUAGUUGUGAGCAGAAUUUUUCCUUUGUGUUGUAAUACCUUGCUUUUCAUUUGCUAGUCGAUAAUAAAUAGAUCUCGUUUUUUUAUAUAUUUUUUUAUAGUUGCAUUUAUUUUUAAUUUUAAUUUUAAGUUUUGACUGCAGCAUAAAUAUAACCAAUAGGGAAGUCAUAGGUAUGUUAACAUUUUUGUGUCUCUAGUUACAAUUCACAUCUCUAUGAAUGACUAAAAAAUAAACUUAUAAUCUUUGAUCCCUAGUGCAAUAUCAUUGGCCUAAUUACAAACAUAUUCUAUUUUAUUUGUUGUGAUAUUGACAUAAAUGCACAUAUUUAUUGUUUUAGUAGGUUUCAGAUAAAAUAAUUUAUGAAUAUUCUAAUUGCUGAGAUAGACCGAGAGCCAAAGA